UUUUAUUCUAGAGAUCUUUUAAGUUUGACUGACAACGAAAUCUUGGAAGGCCAUAAGGAAAAAACCAAAGACGUUAUCAGCAUUUAUAGAUGUUCUGGAAAAAAUCAUUGCAGCUUUAUUUUUAACAUCGAUCACCCAUUUUCAAAAGUGUGGGAAAGUGGAACAGUUCGUGUAAAAUACAUUUGCAUGGAUGAUUUUCGCAUUAAUCAUUACUGUGGAGAACACUUAGAAAUUGGUUAUGAAUUAUCAUCAAAAGAACAAAUGGAGCAACAUGGCAGUAGUAGCAUUAACAAGAUUGGCGAACCAAUUGUAGAGGCAAGAGUUGUUAGGGAAUCAUCAGCAAAAGAUCAUAACUUAGCAUAUCAUUCUGUAAAAAUUUUAAAGACAGACAACGUUUUAGAUGGGUUAACCAAUUUAGAAAUACAACAAUUGUCAAAUCAAAAUGCGCCACCUAUAUUAUCACCAACUUCAAUUAGUGAUUCUAGAAAACGUAAAAUAAAAAUUCAUAAUGCUGUGAUAGAAAAAUCUGAAGUAAAAGAUAACGGAGUAUAUUCUCGGGAUUUUAAAAUACUUAAGAUCAUCCCAAGUAACAUUGAUGACAUAAAUGAUUUAAAUAGGAUUGGGGAUGAAAUCUAUAUUCGUAAGGAUUUUGAGGAAGAAAGUUCUGUAGAAAAACAAGUCGCAGAAUACUAUACGCCGCUGAGCUCGGCAAAUUCAUUCGUUCCACAUAGCAUUUCGUCAACUUUAACAACUCGUUUGAAAACUCAGCAGCAUAAUUUACUGCCAUCAGUUACAAAGCCGUUACAAACAUCAUAUUCAACUUCCGAAGGCACUACAGUGUUGCAUUACCCAGCACCUAAUUAUCCCGAAACUCCUAGUAAUAAAGAUUUCGAUGACAAUAGCAGUUCCAUAGGAACAGAAGAAGAUAUAAAUUUACUUUAUACAAAUAAUGGUAAUGUCACUAACUUUAAAAAUUACACAAUCACAAUACGUGAGGGUGAUCAAUAUGUGAUAGUGUUCCCAACAAUAGCCGUUCCUCCAUCUAAAGGUGCAUUUUUCCCGCCCAAAAAUUUAGUUUUUGGAAAAGAAACAUUUAAAAUGAAAGAUCAAUAUCAUGAAUCAUUACAAACCACGUCAUAUGUAACAACGACAACACCAUUUAAACAAGUAACAUUAAACGAAUUGAAUGAAACUGCUGAUAAUAUUAAGAUUAGUAAGCAGAGCAAUUUAAGCAAAGUUGAAAAAGAAAACGCAUUUUUCAUAAGUUCUACUACAACAACUUUCGACAUGCCAGCUAUUUCUUCGGCAAUGGCAAUAGAUUUUAGCAAUGAUUUAACUAGUUCUCAUUCGACAAAUGCAACUACUAUGUCAACUACCGACUUGACAUCAUCUACUUCAUCUGAAAGUACUGAAUUUGGUACAAUGUUAAGUAUGCCACAAAGAGAAACAACCAGAACUACGACCGUGGGCAGCCAACAAUCGUCUUCUUCAACUUAUGGCACGUCAUCAUUAGAAAUUAAUUCGACGCUAGGUUACCAAGACAUAAGCGAUGAAAAAGAUAAAAUUAUAAAAAUCGAUUUACCGGACAGCACUGUUUAUGAAGAAGAUGUUGACAAUAGUGGAUUAAGUAGUUUUGAGGAUGAAACUGAUGACGAAUACGACGACAUUCGUCAUUUAUUCGCAACAAGAAGUUCAUAUACCAGCAUUCAAAAAACAGUAUUUAGGAAGCCUUUGUUGCAUGGCUUUUUAAUGACGCCUGGUUAUCCAAAAUUUUAUAUCGGGGAAAUUAACUGCAAAUGGGAAAUCCAUGCUCCAGAAGGAUAUAAAAUUCGUUUAAGCAUUCUGGACAUUUCUUUAAGAGACGCAGAACCUUUUUGUAAGGACUAUCUUGAAAUUACAGAUCAAGUAACAUCAAAAACAUUAUUAAACAGUUGUGCUGAAGAAAUACGACCAGUUGAAAUCAUCACGAAUUCUCACCAAGUAAACGUAAUCGUAAAAACCACAACUAAAUUUGCAUAUCCAAAGCGUGGUGUUUUAUUACAUUAUUCAGUAUUAUGUAUAAGUAGUCCUAUUGUGUUCUAUUACAAAGAUUGUCUUCUGUAUACCACUACAAACUAUAUUCACAAUGCUAAUUUAAUAAACUGGCGUUAG